UUGUCUUAUCUACAGCCCGUGCCCAUGGCAUGUCUUGCUGCUGAUAACCUCCACAGAAAAGUAAUUCUUUUACCUUGCCCCUGCUGCAGCUGGUGCAUUAAAAUGUUGAUGGAAGCGCGUUGGAUCCUUGAAGCUGUAUGUCUGUCUUAUUCAUAUCUCAUAACAUGAGGUGGGAUCAGGCAAAAAAGGCUCGCUUUCAGGGGGAGCUUUGUCUUUUGCACAUCAGUUUUAUCGCUGUUGGACUGAACAGCGCAGGUGAUCAUAUUGCCAGUGCCAGCUCGAAUGGGUUAGGUAAAGCUGACUCCACUACAUCUCAUGGCCAAGACCAAGAUUUUCCUGCAGAGGUACCACCAUGGUUGAUGAUCACAUCUUAGAAAUUUUAUGUUUGAGACCAAAGUUGCUCUGGUACUCACAGCUCUCUCAUUUUUGUAACUUGACGUUCCCUUCUAUCCCCGCACACAAACACUCAGAGGACUUAAAGGUAUCCAAAGUAUUUUUAACUGUUUUAUUUUUUAUAUUUUUUUUAGUUAAAGUACACUUUAAUUUUUUUUUUUGCCACAGGGUUUCCUCCUCCUGAAUAACCUUUCCGUUUUUCCUUUGUUCUCUGUGAGUGUUACUGCCUCGCAAAGAAAGGCUUCUCACAGCCUCCCUGCAUGCACAUGUAGACAUUUGGCUUUUGAACACUCUGACUGGCCUUUUGUUGAAUGUUGUGUGAGGUAGUGCUUCCCCCAGAUAAAUUGUGUGUAUUAAGUAAAGUAACCACCUUGGGUUGUGGCUUAAUUCCAUAGGCGAGUAGGAAUUAAGAGACAGCACCUGAUGGGAUGCACCACCUUACAGGACCUCCCACUGCGGUUUGGUGCCUGUAACUUCACAGUGCUGGGGGUUCCCAAGCCAUUAGUGGGAUUCUGUAGGUAAAGGAGCCAUUCUCCUUCAGAGUUACUUGCUUGCUCACGCAGAUCACAAACCUAACUCUGGCUGCUGUUUUCCUGAUGCUCAGGUUAGGAUGGCUCAUACAUGCUGGUCUGCCCUUAUUAGAUACCCUUAGAGGACAGAGGAUCUUCUCUAAAGUAAAUGUUUGACGUAUUUGUGCAAGCAGGUUUUGUCUAUAGCUCAGUGAAACACGUGGAUUGGAUGAGAUUGUUUUGUUCAGAAGAGUGCAUACAACUGCACUGGUUAUUUUUUGCAGCAGCUUUGUGUUUCAGAAUGGUAGCAAGCUUUGCAGGCACAGUCAAAGAGAAAUGUUAGUGAGGUAUUUCAGGAUUUUAUUUUCUGUACAGUUCUGCUGCUUCUUUAGAAAUGUUAAGUUGCCUAUCCAUGUACAAUACUACUUCCUAUCUGUGCUGAAAAACCCCAGGAAGCCUACGACCAACCCAUGGCCAACAUUGUUAUGUUACUAUGAUCUGCAGAUGAUGGUAUCUCUGCUUGUUGUUAUUGUAGAUCCUAGGGAAGGUUAUGGAGUUUACAUCUUCGUGGUGAAUGUUGUAAUGUGACUCUGGUUUCUGGGCCUGCCCUGGUCACAGUGACUGGGUAGGUGCUCGAGUCUCUUAAGAAAUGCAGAGAAUGAGGAAACUUUUACAUCAGUUUAAUAUAAACUCUUCAAGUAAUAUGGAUCAGUGCAGUAGUGUAUGGAUUCUGUUUCCAGGAAUCUUUAUCUGGUCUUUCUAUCUUGUAGGUUGUCUGCUUGUCUUAUCAUCAAAGCCAAAACGCAGAUUUUGAAGAGCAUACUGCAGCAUCCAGAUGGGACUGUCCUGAAGCAGUUGCAGCCUCCACCUCGUGGUCCCAGGGAACAGGAGUUCUACAAUAAGGUUUAUGACCCUGACUGUUGUGACAGCAUUCUUCUGGAGCUGCGGAAAUAUCUGCCAAAAUACUUCGGUGUCUGGUCACCACCUACUGCACCAAAUGAUACGUAUCUAAAACUGGAAGACGUGACCCGUAAGUUUAAUAAGCCUUGCAUAAUGGAUGUAAAAAUAGGUCAGAAAAGUUAUGAUCCCUAUGCUUCGGUGGAGAAGAUACAGCAGCAGGUCAGCAAGUACCCGCUGAUGGAAGAGAUUGGCUUUUUGGUGCUCGGCAUGAGGGUGUACCAUGUCUCUUCAGACAGCUACGAGACACAAAACCAACACUAUGGAAGGAGCUUGACCAAGGAAACAGUAAAGGACGGCAUCUCAAAGUUUUUCCACAGUGGGUACUGCUUGAGAAAAGACGUGGUAGCUGCCAGCAUUCAGAAGAUUGAAAAGAUUUUGGAGUGGUUUGAGGGCCAGACGCAACUCAACUUUUAUGCAAGCUCGUUGCUUUUUGUCUAUGAAGGUUCGUGUCAGGCAACAACUGUGCGGUUGAGUGAUGUCACCUUGGUGGAGAAGAGAGGAAUGCCCAAAGGCCUGUUAUCAGGUGGAGAUGUUUUGGAGUGUAAUAAUAAUAUUCACGUUAUAAAUUCUACAGAGAAUGGAAAAAUUGAAGCCUCUGUAAGUAAAGGCUUGUCCAAAUUUUAUGCACUUCACAAAAAGUCAUGCUCGAAGAGGCACCACAGUCAGCUCUCACUAAAGGUUGAAAACUUGGAGCAAGACAACGUGUGGAAAAGCAGCACGUGCAUUGCACAGGAGCACCUGAACGGAAACGUUCUACCCCAACUGGAAAAAGUUUUCUAUCACAUGCCAGCAGAGACCAAGGAAAGUGCAAACGUUGAAGUCCGAAUGAUCGAUUUUGCUCACGUGUUUCCUAGCAACGCAAAGGAUGAGGGCUACAUUUAUGGUCUGAAAAAUCUAAUCACAGUACUUCAAAGUAUUUUGGAUAACUAAAUUCUUUGCUAUGUUUUUUAUCGGGGCCAAUGAUAAAAGAGCAACAACAUGAAGAAUUUCUGCACUUGUAAUGCUGUAUACUGGGUUUGUAUUGUUCUAUAUUUUAUUUGUCUUUGUACUUUUGGUAGAAGGGUUUAACUUUUUAUAAUUUCACUCAGGAAAAUAAUUGAUAGUUAAUUAGGGAGUGUGAAAGGAUGAAGAUACUUGAGAUAUAAAGCAGGAUAGGUAAAUGAAUAGAAUGAAGUGUAUGUGGUUGUCUUAAAUCCAAGGACAACCAGAAGCAAGGGUUAUGUUAGUUCCUAUAAUGACUUUAGCAUAGAUGACAUUUGCCCACUUAGCCUUGACACUGAGCCGCAUCUCCAUUAACAAAUGUUUAGAAAAUAGACUGAAAGCUGUAAGGUAGGUGCAGGAUCGAUGUCCUCAGCACUGCCUUUGUGUUUACUGUAUUUGAAUAACUGGAGUAACCCUGCUUGGAGAGAAAUCCCAUGCUGAGUCAGCAGUCUUGCUUGAAGCAUCGAAAAGUGCUUUUCCGUGUCACGGGAAGAUAUUGCUGUUCUUUCAGCUCUCACGGGGGCCUUUUCUUCCCCCACUGUGGGUGUCUGUAGCCAAUGUUCACCACUGAUGAUCAACCACGUAAUUUGUGUUGAGGUGCUAAGAAAAUGCUGGAGUAAAAUACCAUAACAGGCUUAAACUGCACAAUUUCUAGAGAAACUGCUAGUUCCUAAGAGAGAGCAAAAGUAUGCAAAUGCAAAAUGUUCCAGCAAGUAAUUUGGUUUAGAAGAUUAAGUCAGUCUGUUAACGGAGUGUCUGAUGCUGUGAUUAAGGGAAAUGCCUCACUCUGUUGUUCUCAUGGCCCUUCUCCAAAAACAUUGCUUCAAAAAGCAAACUAAUGGAGUAGAGGAACAGAGCGUUCUCAGUAAGCCUACAGAGAUCUCUGCUGGCCACCGGCCGCUUGCGUUUUUGCAACAGGCAUUUCACGCCUCUGCUGCUGGGGAGCACGGAUUGGAGCCAUGAGCAGUACAGGCAAAGGACUCUCCUGUGGAGAUCGUUGGGCCCUGGAGCCACCAGCUGAGCCACCAGCUGUGCCACCACUUGUGCUAGUGGAGCUGGGGCUCUCCCACCCUGGGCUACAGCUGCCACUGGUUUCUUCUAAUGACACACAGGCAAGCUGCGCGAUUUGAAAGUUGUCCCGUUUCUUUCUUCUUCAUGGGAAAAAAAAAAUCGAGCUGUUUUAUGGAAUACUUGAGGUCAGGAUGAUGUAUCCAAAGCAUUUUUGGUUGUGUCUCUUCCGUAUGCUGUGCUGCCGUGUGUAUACAGUGAGCCGUUUGAAAAGUGGAAACGGCCGAGCCUUGCCAUCUGUAGAGCAAGAUUUUAAUGCUUAAAGCAAAGCCCCGGGAUGAAAAUGUUUUAGAAUGGUCCUUGGAAACGUAUGUCUUUUCCACGUGGGCUUACCGUGACCCUGUGACCUUGCUGCUCUCUCUGUACAACGUUCUGCAGUGUGCACUCAGCUGUGUACAUGUCUCGGCAAGUUCUUCAUUUCACACCUGUGAUCUAUAUGAGAAAGAAACACAUAGUUUUUCAAGCAGAUAUGCUGUUUUAAAUAAAGCUGAAAUUUUAUCUGAGAACUUGGGUUGAUUGAAGAAACAGGGUAUUACUGUGUGUAGAACUACAUUGUUUUAACUUCAGAGCUCAUUUUGGCCAGAGCGUUCAAGAAUGAAACCAACUAUUAGUAACAAUGUUUUUGAAGUGUGGGAGCUGUACAGGAAUAUGCCAGCACUGCAAUAUCUGAAAGGUUAUGGCCUGGUUUUGUCCCACUUCAAGCUGCCACUUGGACAUCACCACAGCAGACACCUGCUGCUCGUAAGAUGCCGGUGUGCCAGGUGCCAGUGAGAAGAAAAACACACAAUGCCCACCCUGCCUGCACAAGGCUUGGCCUGUGCAUGCCACAGCAUGGGCAGCCAGGGCCCAGCACUCACCUUUCGUCAGCAGAAAUGGCUCUAGGUUCUCAUUCAGGCUCUCCUCAUUGUCUAGCACAAAUUUGAGGAUUGAUGCCAGCUCAGCCUGUGUCAGAGGAGCCAUGGGGUCAGCAGCUCUGCUGCAGCUCACAGGAAGCAACCACAGCAGACUUGGGGCAGCAGGCAGCUCCCUUGCCUACCCAUGCUGGUGCCCACACUCGCUGCCACAAGCCUUUGACAGACCAAAAACACCGGUGAGCACUGCAGUACCCACUCCACACUGUCUUUUAAGGGGACCCAGAAUAGGAGGGCAGGUCUCAGAGCACCCCCUGAAAGCCACCGCUGCUCCUGCUGCACCCCAAGGGAGGGAACCCCAGAGGGAUUACCAGGGUCUUGUAGUCAAACUCAUUCCAGUCACCAGGGCUCUUGCAGCUCAUAGAGGUGUGAUACAGGAGCAGCACAGCCACCUGAGCAAGGCAGGUAAAGUGUCACUGACCCCACAUUGGUGCCAGCCAGGACUAAAGCAUGCCACACAGUUACCUUGGCCAGAGCCAACUCCUCUCCAUCCACCAGCUUCUGUUGCAGAGACCAGGUUCUCUGCAGCCAAUUUGUGCCUGCAGUGCUCUGCAACAAGAAGCAGGAUUCCCAGUCGCGCAGGAUUCCCAGUCGCGCAGGAGCUGCUGGGCACGCUGCCCGCCCGUGGCACGUGGCCAUCCCCGAGGUGACACUCAGGGGCAGGGGGGCACUGUGAUCCAUCCCCAAGCACAAGGGGCCAAGGGCAGGCUGGGCUCUGGAGCUGAGGACCCCAGUGUUCAGCCUUGGCCGUUAACGCUGACUGGCUUUUAUUACCCUCCCUGGAACUCCACUCUAAAUCUCAGCCCCCCCAGCUUGGCAUCUCUCCCCCACCACCAGCACAGAGUCCCACCUCUACAAGGUGCUGUUUUUGAGGUGUGCAGAGGAGGGGCAGUAUCAUUUUGUUGACAAUUUCAUGUGAAUUAUGGUGAAGGCUGAGGGGAAAGUACAAGAAAGAAAGGGACUUUUUUUUUUCUACCUGGUAUUUCUCUUGCACCAUAUAGUUAUAGUGUAUUUCCAAAUCUCUGUGAAUUAAUUUAAGCCAUAUUCUAGAAAGAGUUUGUGGGUUUGUUUGCUUUGACGCUGAUUUCUCUGUUAUGAUUUCGUUGUUCUGUUCCAUAACACUAGAGUACUCCAGGCUUAAGUGGCCUUGUAUGAUAAAUUUACAAGGUUUUAUAGAAAAUAUGGGCAACAUCAUAAUUUUUGUCCUCAGUAAUUCAUCUCUUCUGGAUUUUAAUCCAUUUUGUGCCAGAGAAAUCAGACAUUUGCCUCAAAGAAGUCAGUUAUUAGAAAAUUAUCUGUAUGCUCUUGGUAUCACGCACUGUCCUGUCUCUGCUUUAAGAUAUACUUCCUCAGUGUUUGAAUGCUCUUUAAUUAUGGAUUGUUUUGUUGGCUAUGGCAGUGUUUGUAAUGCACCUGGAAUAUUGUCAACCUGUCAGAAUAUUUUGAAUAAAAAAAUAAUUUUAUCAUGGUGUUUGUACCGGUAGUUAUUAUGAAUGUAUUUCUGUUAAUUUAAAAUGUAGCUUGAGAGACAAUAGUAUUUUUUUGUUGGAAGUUCUGUAAAUAAAGCUUACAGUAGAGGUGUUGGAGCAUAGUACCAGCUGUGAGUCUUAAGCCUGCAAAGCCCUUAUAUUGACAUUGUUGUUGCACAUUUUAGACUUGGUGGCUCUGGUGUCUUGUAUCUGAUCCGAUUGUUUUCAGUUACAGUUGGAGAUGUAUUCACAGAAAUCAUUCAACAGAAUAUGGAAUUAAUCAGAAGAUGAAGAGGGAGACACUGGUCACUGAGCUGGUAUACUGCCAUCAAUCUCCCUUUUGUUCUCUGGCUGAAGUGUACAGGACAGGCAACUGUUCUGUGGAAAUCUUCAUGGGAAUGGUAACAAGGCUUGUAGGUAUUUCUGUCCCAUAAAAUGGAGGGUUGGUCCCUGCCCUAGACUGGUGUGGUGUAGCUGGGUGCUGGGGAUGCUGAGGAAACCUGUCAUUUGAUUUUAAGCAAUAAGACUUGGGUUUGGCAAAGCUGACUGUCAAAAGGGAAGACUCAUGCAGCAUUGUCACUCUUGGACUCUGAGAAUAUAUGCUUUUGAAGCCUUUCUACCUAGGUGACAUGAGAAGUGUGUAUAGGCUUACUUAAGGAGAGCUUGAUUUGUAUAAAGUUUUAUAAAAAAGUAUAUACAUAUAUGGUAUUUUUGGAUUUGGGUGAAAUUUGUUGCAGAAAUUACAUUGGAAUUUAUUAUAUCGCUAUGAAAUGUUUAAAAUAUUUUAAUCAAUUUGUUUUAUGAACUAAACUGGAGACUUUGCUUGUAGUUGUGAUUCUCAUGAAACUUGUACUGGUUUUUUUCCUACUGUAAUGCAUAGCCAGCGUUCUUUUCCACAACCUCACAAUUUUAUGGAGAACUUUUAAAGUACUCAGUAGAUUAGGAAAUCACUAAUUUCCAGUAAUUUGAUUAACAGAGUGCAUAUGUUCUUGAAAUAUUUCAGUGCACAUGAUAUUUUAAGUAAUGUUAAUAUGUUACACACCUAGAGACCCUGUAAAACUUCCUCCCCUGCAUAGAGCUCCUGAUUGUGCAGAGUUUAAAAUGGGCCUUUUCAGGUGUAACAGCAGCAGCGGUGAAGGGAAGGCAUCACCUACGCUGGCCAUGUCAGGUGUGCAGGGGUGUUGACAGCCUGAACCUAAAAUCAUUGGAAUUACUUGCUCUCUUCAUGAUGUGAAGAACUGUCAAAUGUAGGAAGCAUCCACAUCUGCUGUUUAAAGUUAUGAAUACCUGUUCAUCCCUCCUCAUUUCUUCUGGUUUUUUUUUUUUUUUUCCUCAAGUGAGCUUUCCUCCUGAGUGCCUUCUUUGCCCUUGCCCUUCUACCUUCUGUAGCAUCAGGGUGGAAUAUUUUAAUGGAAAUUCUUAUUUCCUGAAGAGCUUGUGCCCCAUAACUGCUCUUAAAGUGCCGAUAUUUCAAAACACCGUUGAAAUGCCUCAGAUACUGCGUGAAUGCCCACUCCUCUGAAAGAGGAGGAGUGGGUGCUGGUGGGAGAUGACAGUGGGAGGUGGGAGUGGAUGCUGGUGGGGAUGCUUCGAAACAUCUUUACCUGGGGUUUGAAGAGGACAUUUUGAGGGCAAGGUGAGUGACAGUGGAACUGCAUGGAGUUUUCCUUCCCUUCCUGCAGGUAGUGUUGAGCUUUGGAGCGGGGAAUGGGGAGAGUUCCUAAGGAGGACUGAGCAGGUGUCUUGCAGGGAGGAUAUGCUGUGCAUAUUGCUUGGGUUACAGUAGGAUGUGAUCUGGCAAGUGCUUUCAUCUCCAUAGCCACAGGCCAAAUCCUGCCUAUCCUUCACGUUCACAGCAGUGUGCAAUGGAUGCUGCAGAAGAAGAUUAUCAUCCAGAGGGCAAAUGUGUUUGAAAGGGGAAAAUUAACAAAGCUAAAGGUUGUACAGCAGAAAACAUGUUUGAGUAAGUAUCUUUUACUCUGGUCUCAUUUAGUGGAUGUGGGCCCUGUGGAUUUGGAGUUUGUUACAUGAUAUUUAGUAGCAGAUGGUCAGAACAAAGGUAUUUCAAAACCGCCUUAGUUUGAAUUCUGGACAUUGGUUCAGUUACUUUAUUUUUUUUUUAGAAAGUGACCUAUGAAGUAGCUUCCAAAUACAAUGUGUGUCACAUCUGAUUCUAAAUGAAACUAGAGUGCACAAAGGCACUUUAAUCCUCUGGGAACUGUACUGGAAAGUAGAUGAAAGCAUGUGAAACUGCACCUGAUGCUGUGUUGUUAAUUGUUUUUAAACUCUUAAAAUUCUACAUGCUUGAUGGAUGAAUGUAUCUAGUCUAGUCUGGUCUCAGUUUCUUUGAUUCAAGUGUCUAAAGCCACCCUCAAUCUUCUCUAAUCUGUAUAUGUUUGUAAUUUCAUUUGCUGUUUUCUGCCAUUCUUGGACCAUAGGAGGUAUUGUUAGUAUUACCUGUGUUUAUUUUAUAGAACAUUGUACUAUGCUAUCUACCAACUUUUGUAACUUAAGAAGUGAUAUUUGGGGUCAUUCUAAUAGCUGUAUAUUUGGCAAAUUAUUAAAAUUUUCUGCAAGUGA